UUGUUGUGGCAACUAUUUUAAUAGGUGUGUUCUUUAUUUUCUCGUGCAUCAUUUUUUCCUCUGUGGCAGCUUAACUGCUUCUGCAGGAAGGAGAAAGGCGUGCACCAGGAUCUAAUUGUGAGCAUUUGCUGCAGGUCAAAGACGAGAGAGGUAACCUGCUAAAGCAGUAGUUAAUUAGACAUGGAAGGUGGAAAGCUAUAGGCCCAAAAUCUGCACUAAUUGUUAGUGUUUGUCAGCUGUCAUCAUUCACCCUGAAGAAAUCUAUUCUACAUGCACAGAUGAGCGGAGGUUUGUGGUGGUGCUCUUUUAAGUCCAUUUUACUAGGCUGCUGGAUCAGUGGCUGUACUGGUUCAGCAGCAACAACAGUCAUAACAGCAUGCCGGGCUCGACCACUACCGGCAAACAGAGGUUGAAGAAGACGAGUGCAAAGUCAAAGCUUCAUGGUUUAUUCACUAUUAAUGAAGAAGAUGAGCUCUACAGAACUAGAAAUUCCAGAACAGAAGAAGCUUCUGAGACACAAGUGAGAGUGGAGGACAAAAAAGGCAGUCACCUGACUUCUGUUUCUGGGCAAAGUGUGAACUCUGGACCUAAACAAGACCUUCCAGUUCUUCGUGUUGAUGACAAGCAAAGGCUUGCCAAGGAACGCAGGGAGGAACAACAGAAGCAGCUAGCUGCAAGAGAACAACUAUUACUUGAAAAAGAGGAAAAAGCAAGACAACAUUAUGAAAAGCAACUAGAAGAACGCAAGAAGAAAAUUGAAGAACAGAGACUAAAAGAAGAAAGACGGCGUAUUGCUGUUGAAGAAAAACGGAAACAAAGACUUCAAGAAGAAAGAGAACGGCAUGAAGCAGUUGUACGUCGCACAAUUGAAAGAAGUCAAAGGAUCAAACAGAAGUCCAACAGGUGGUCGUGGGGUGGAGCCCUACAAAGCAAUGCAACCAACAGAGAUGAUGCAGAUAGGCGAUCAGUAUCCACAAUGAACCUUGCGAAACAUGCUGAUCCAACCAUUAACAAGCGGUUAUCAUCAUCUUCAGCAACAUUGUUAAAUUCUCCGGACAAAGCUCGGCGGUUGCAGCUGAGUCCCUGGGAAAGCAGCAUUGUCACUCGCCUUUUAACUCCUACUCACUCAUUUCUAGCUAGAAGCAGAAGCACUGCUGCCUUGUAUGGGAGUGGUCUGGAUGCAGUUAUCCCAAUUUGUCCUCGUUCAGUAUCUGCCAGCUCUAUUACUCCGCCAACCUGCAAGAAUCUUCACAAUAGGAUGUCUGAGUGGCCAAGGUUCAUUGUUACCACACAUGAUGUUCGUGGGCGGAGCAGAUCAGCUAAUCCUGCAAAGAUGGAUAAAAAAGAAAAAGAGAGAGAAAAUGAAAGGGAAAAGAAUGCAGCUGUAGCUCUUGCUUCAAAUGCAACAGCAAAGAGGUCACGUUCUCCUUUGAAUGCAAAAUAUAAGUCACCAAUGCCAUCCAUAGUCCGAUUAUCACCAAAAACAACUGCUUCUGCAGUGAAUCCAAAAUUACUUAUUUCACCACCUGGCUCAGUAAAGAAUUCAUCAAUUCAGAGGCCAUCUUCCCCUGGGAAUGUUCGUCCAGUCAAAGCAUCCGAGUGUGAAAUAAAGGUCCAAGAAGAAGUGAGUCCAAAAACUCAAGAGGAUACAGAAAACAUUCCAGUCAUACUUUCUGCUACUCCUGGUAAGGUCACAGCAGGUACCACUGAUGCAGCAGAGGCCACAAGGCUUCUGACUGAGAAACGGCGAAUAGCACGGGAACAGAGGGACCGGGAGGAAGAGGAGAAAAGAGAACAAGAGGAGAGAGAAAGGCAAAUGAAGGAAGAAAUGCAGCGGCGAAAAUACGAAGAGAAAGCUCGCCGUGAAGAGGAAGCUCGGAGACUUGAAGAAGAAAAGAGACUUCAAGAACAACAGCAAAAACUUGAAGAGGAGCGUCGACUUCUAGAGGAAAAGGCUCAAAGAGACAGAGAAGAAAGGGAGCGUUUGCAAAAGCAAAAAGAGGAAGAUGCUCGUGCUCGAGAGGAUGCUGAGAAGCUCAGAAAAGAACGUGAAGAGCAUUUUCAAAAGGAAGAACUAGAACGUAUGGAAAGGAAAAAGAGACUUGAGCAAAUUAUGAAAAGAACAAGAAGAUCCAACACUCCUGAAAAGAAGGAUAAUCAGUUAAGGUCCACGGAACAGAGAAAUGGGGAAGUUCAGAAACUAGCAACACCUGAUGAAGCAACCAGCCAGAACCCUGAUUUCAUAACUGAAACAAAAGCAGAAACAAUGGUCCCCGAGGAAGUAACCAACAAGCAGUCAUUAAUUCAAGAAACAGGCAAUGAUGGAGAGUUUGCUGAUCGUUCUCAAACAGAUAAAGAAUGUCCUUCUGCUCAGAAAAUCAUCCGAGAGAAUGGAGUUCCCAUGCAGGAUGAAAGCUUUGAAGAUUACAUUGAUCUCUCAUUUGGAAUAAAAUCUACCAGAGUAACCACAGAAACCAUUAAUAAUGAUUGUCAGGAUGAAGUUGGAAUUCCAGUGAAUCCAGUUAUUGCAUUUGAGGAAAAUGGAUCCAUGGAAUUAUUAACCAAAGUAGAUGGCAUUCAAACUCAACAAACAGCAGAAGUGAUUUGACAAUGUUGAGCAGGAACAGCAGUGUGAAGUUCAGUGAGCCACUUACAAUGACUGGAAAUCUGUUUGUUUCACAUCAUGAAGGAUUGCAGUGCAGCCUUGUUGAGAUCCAGAAUUGGAAACUAACCACAACAGUGAGAACGGGAAUAUUAAAUAUGCAAAAUGCGGGUAGAGAGAAAUUCAUCACUGCUAACUGAACUUCUAGUUAAUUCUGAUCACUGGUUAAUCAUGCUUAGUAUGCAUUGUAUAUAAACUGCUUUUCCAACAUAUUGCUUCAGGGAAUUGGCAUUCUUUAUAAUAAGAUGAGAAUGACAAUUGCGAAUUUGUGACGGUGCAGGGAAUUACUUCAAAAUUAGCAGUACCUUUCUUUGUUUUGGAACCCCUAUUACUUGAAUAAGCCUUGUUGUGCUGCAAGUAGUUGACAAUAGGCACAGAGUUAUGAACCAAUUGGUUUAAUAUAGCACAGUGAGCUCAGCAGAGUUCCACAUAAUCUCUUAAAUACUAAGUAGAACCUUUUUAGAAGCUUCACUGUUACCUUCUUUUCAGAACCUUUUAAACACCAGCUAUGAAAGAAAAUGUUGAAAAUAGAGCAUAUUAAAUUAAAUUUUAAUAGUAAAUCUGUAAUUGGUAAAUAAGGCACCUAUUUUAUGUAGGUUGGUUAUUAUCAAAGCAAUUUGAGGCUAAUCAAUUAUUUAAUGAAGUAUCUCAAUGUAUUGGUACUGGUUCAACUUGUGAAUGGACAAGCAGUUGUAAUGCCUUAUGAUCUGAUAGAAAAGAUACUGGGAAUUUAUAUACUUAAAUGUAUGCUUUCAAUUGCCUUAUCAGAUCAUGAGACAAAUUUAAAAUUACUUGUUAAGUAUUUGCUUUUGCUUGUAUCAGAGCAAGAAACCUCGUAUUUAAGAUGGCAUUCCUUCUAUGUGACUUUCACUUAAUAGAUUCGGAGACUUUAAAUUUAGCUCAUUUACACGUCACUGCACCAAUGAAAUUUAUGACUUUCAUCUCAAGUUUAGAUAUUGCUGCUAGAGAGCAUGACUAUAAAACCUUGCACUUUUUUCCCUUUUUAAGUACUACUGAAAUUAUUGCAGACUGAAUUAAAUAUGAUCAGGUAUCAGCUUGUUUUUCUGUCCUAAGCAUAAUGUUUAAAACACCUUUACAGAAGAAUUUUUGCAAUUGGUCAGAGACUGAAAUUAGUAUAUCCAGUCGGUUUAUUUAAGGCCAGAUGGUGUAUAUUUUGUGGUAAACAGUUAGUUGAAGCUUUGAAAACCUUCAUCCAUCCUGGAUUAUAAGAAAAGCCAUUUAGUGGGUUGUUCAAUAAUCAUUGUAUAGCUGCAUAUUCUGUUUUUUUUUCUGUAUUGUCUAUUCACAUCCAUGUAUAUAGAAAUUAUUUAAAAAUUACUUAAAAUUGUUUUUGCUUUAAUCUGUGUAGAUUAUGUACAAAAACAUGCUUUUGAGUUUAAUAUUUUUAAAUUCUAAAUUGCAGUUGUAAAGGGAUAGUUGCCUCACUAAACCAAUUAGAUGUGAUUUAUUGCUGAUUUUUACAAGGGGAAUGUUCUGAAUUUAAUUUUUUCUAAUCCAGAGAAUGCUGAAAAUUUGACUGCUUCAGGUUUUUUGUACCUCUUGUUUAAAUAUGCUGGACUAAUUGAGCUGUAUAUGAUUUUGAAUAUUAAUUUGAGGAUGGCCAGCAAGACAGUUUACUGUAUGAGAAACUAGAAUGAAAGCUCAGUAAAAUCUGCACAAGUAUGAAGAGAAAUGACCUUUCAUUUUCCACUGUUAUGCAUUUCCCUGUCCCACCUGAUUGUUUUGUAACUUCAAAAGAUCGAAAUUGGAAGAGACAAGUUUGAUAAUUUACACAAAUAAAAUGCAAUAAAAUAGUUUCUGUAACUAGUCUGUAUUGCAAUAUCUAUUUGUGGUGUACUGGUUUGAAAACAUUAUCUUGAAUGCACUUCCCA